UUCACCGAAGGAUCGCGGCCGUGUGUCUCGCGCGUCCUGCGCGCAUUUCCCCGCAGCGCCUCCCUCCUUCCCCUGCUCUGCCUCUUUCCUUCAAACAUGGGUUCGAAUAUUCGGAGCCAAGAUCUGCAAGCACCACCGCCCAUGGACGCAGCGCCGGAAUCGCAGAGAGUGAGAGAGCAUCGCUUGGGUUGACAUUUGCCAAGUUUUGGCCGUAGCUUUUGCUAAUUUCUUGCUCGGGUUUCACUCGAUCCAUCCAUCUCCAAAUCACCACCCUCCAAGCACCUAUAUAUCUUCUUCAACCCUUUAGUUUGUUCUUCUUCAUCAAUUUGUUUCCCAGAGUGUUUGAUUCUCGGCGUAUUUGAGGUAAAGGGGCUGCAUUUAAUCUUAGGUCUGUGGUCAUGGCAAGUGCUCAGUGGAGAGUGCCGGAUAAUCUCGCGAAAACGGCGUGCUUCAGGAAGCCAUCAGUACUGUCGAAGGGCUAUUGGUCAUCGCUUUCUUGGAAGGAGAUUCUGGAGCACCCGGGCACGCUUCUUCAGUUCCAAUUGGGAGUCGUCUUCUUCCUCCAUUUCCUCCUCUAUACGCUUCUCAAGCCCCUAAACCUACCCUCCGUCGUUAUCCAAACCUCGGCAGGAAUAAUAUUAGGGGCUUGUCUAGGAAAAAAUUCUGCGCUCCAACAGCUGAUCCUUCCCGAUGAAUCCGAUGAUGUAAUCACUGUGCUAGUCACCAUUGCAUACUUAUUGUUCAUCUUCUCUAUUGCGGUGAAGACCGACGUGGGAAUGAUAAGGAAAUCAGGCAUAACUGCCUGGGCUAUUGGCAUUUUAUCUGCAGUGAUUUCAGUCUCAUUCACAUGGAGUGCCUCAGAACCUUUAGAUGCCCACAUGUUGACCCCCUAUGGUCUUUCAGUACCACUAGACGCCUUCUCCCUCUUGCAAGCUAUAACCCAAUUUGCUGUCAUAGUUACCUUCUUGAUUGAUUUGAAAAUCCUAAAUUCCGAGCUUGGCAGGCUCUCUUCAUCCGCAGCACUGAUAAAUUACUGCAUUGGUAUUAUGGGCCAGUAUGUGAUGGCUUGCGCCAGGAUGUUCAAUUCAUUCUCAAAACUAUAUACAUUAAAAAGCAUUUUUCUUUCUGGGUGUUUACUACUUCUGAUUGUGUUUCUUGGUCGGCCAACGAUGAAAUGGAUCAUUAAACGGACGCCAGAAGGGGAACCUGUCAGGGAAACUUACAGCAACACCAUAUUGGCAGUGGCGUUCGUAUUGGCAGUGCUUUCUGAUGCUCUGGGGCUUGAAUACAGGUUUGGGCCUUUUGUGCUUGGCUUGGUUGUGCCAGCCGGGCCUCCAUUGGGCUCGACACUGUCAAAGAGGUUGGACACCCUCACUUCAAGGAUGUUCAUGCCACUCUUGAUGACUUAUGCUGGAUACAGAGCAGGCCUAAAUUUGCAGUUUGAUGUGAAAAUAUGUUUUGCUAUGUGUUGCAUUGUCUUUCUCAACUUUCUCGGGAAAUUUGCAGCAAUAGUUCUUCCUGCAAGACUCUACAAGAUGCCCUACAAAGAUGCUUUUGUUGUUUGCCUCAUCUUGUGUGCCAAAGGAAACAUUGAAAUAGCCCUUACAGUUUUCAGCUCCAGAAAGCCGUUAAUGGGGGGUGCAUACUUCACUGUGUCAAUCAUCUUAUAUCUGAUAAUAGCAGUGAUCAUACCACGUUUUGUGAGGCGCCUUUAUGAUCCUUCUAGGAGAUAUGCAAGCUACCAGAGAAGAAAUGUUUUGUGCACGCCGAAGGAUGCUGAGCUUCGAAUACUCACUUGCAUUCACAGAAAAGACGAUGCCCUGGCCACUAUAGGGCUAUUAGAAACUUCAAAUCCUACCAAAAUAAGUCCUAUAUCGCUUUAUGUGCUCCACCUGGUGGAGCUCGUUGGCCGAGCAACCCCUCUUCUCAUGGACCACCAGCAACAUGAAAAGGUUUCUUCUUCUUAUGGGUCAAAUGUGCGACAUAUCAUUGACUUCUUUAACUACUACAAGGACCAGCAUAAAGAGUCGCUCAAUGUGCAAGUCUUCACCGCAGUAUCAUUUCACAAAUUCAUGCACGAUGACAUUUGUUCUCUAGCCUUUGACAAGAUCACUCCCCUCAUAGUACUUCCUUUCCACAGGAAAUGGAAUGUUAAAGGCCAAGUGAUUUUGGAUGAUCCUACACUGAGGAGCAUAAAUUGUCAAGUAUUGAAAAAGGCUCCUUGUUCCAUAGGUGUUCUCGUUGAUCGUUGCAACUCAAAUGGUCCAUCUUGUGUGUUGUCUUCAAAGCCAUUACAUCAUGUGGCAGUGCUUUUUUUGGGAGGAGAAGAUGAUCGAGAAGCAGUAGCUCUUGGGAAGCGGAUGGCAAGGAGCCCAAAAGUCCAAUUGACUAUUGUUCGACUCAUCCCAAUGGAUGGUGGAUCUGAAGAUGACUGGGAGAGAAUGCUUAAUGCAGAAGCUUUGAAGAUUGCCAAGUUUGAAACUUCAACAAGCGGCAAUGUGAUCUACAAAGAGGAAAUGGUGAGAGAAGGGUCCGACACGGUUUCAAUAGUGCGAUCGAUGGAGAGCAAAUUUGAGCUUAUUAUUGUGGGGUGUUGCCACAGACCAAGCGCUAUAACUGCAGGUCUCGCGGAAUGGAGUGAGUUUCCAGAGUUAGGGCCGGUUGGAGAUUUGCUUGCCUCCUCAGACAUUGAAAGCACAGUAUCGGUCUUGGCAGUGCAACAACAAAAACUAAAAAAUAACUAGAAGUGAUUUUCUCACUGUGAAGAUGCAAGUUGAAUUUCGCAGCAGUUUUUUUUGUGCUAGAGAAUAUUGAAAGGAAGUUCAGCAUGGCUAUUAUUGGAAUAUGAUUUCAGCGUGGAAUUUUAUUGUUUCCUCCAUUCUAUGCAUCUUCCCUUAUUUUUUUCCUUUUGGCUGGGUUUCACUGGUUAAUAAAGUAGGGCAAUCUUCACAACAGAUAUUCAACGAGAUUUUUUU